AUGGAUUGGAACAUAAUGGAAUGGAACGAGAUGGAAUGUAAUGGAAGGGAUUGGAACAGAAUGGAAUGGAACGGAACGGAAUGUGAUGGAAAGGAUUGGAAACGGAACGGAAUGGAAUGUAAUGGAAGGGAUUGGAAAUGGAGUGGAGUGGAAUGUAAUGGAAUGGAAUGCAAUGGAAUGGAAUGGAAUGUAAUGGAAUGGAUUGGAACAGAAUGGAGUGGAACGGAAUGGAAUGAGUUGGAAACAGAAUGGAAUGUAAUGGAAGGAAUUGGAAACGGAACGGAAUGGAAUGUAAUGGAAUGGAUUGGAACAGAAUGGAAUAUAAUGGAAGGGAUUGGAACAGAAUGGAAUGGAACGGAACAGAAUGUAAUGGAAGGGAUUGGAAACGAAACGGAAUGGAAUAUAGUGGAAGGGAUUGGAAAUGGAAUGGAAUGUAAUGGAAUGGAAUGGAUUGGAACAGAAUGGAAUGAGUUGGAAAUGGAGUGGAAUGUAAUGGAAGGGAUUGGAAACGGAACGGAAUGGAAUGUAAUGGAAGAGACUGGAACAGAAUGGAAUAUAAUGGAAGGGACUGGAACAGAAUGGAAUGGAACGGAAUGGAAUAUAAUGGAAGAGAUUGGAAACGGAACGGGAUGGAAUGUAAUGGAAUGGAAUGUAAUGGAAUGGAUUGGAACAGAAUGGAAUGGAACGGAAUGGAAUGUAAUGGAAGGGACUGGAAACGGAACAAAAUGGAAUGUAAUGGAAGGGAUUGGAAAUUGA